AUGUCUUAUUCGAUCAAAGCCCGUGUCUAUCAGACCAACACCAACGCCUAUUUCAACAUCGUGGAGAAGGGCAUCUGGCAAACUGGCGCCUGGAGCGAUCAGAAUGGUGUCCAGACCCUGACCAUGGCCAGCAGCGGAGGCUCCGGCAUGCUCCGGUUCACGACAGAGCAAGGGAAGGAGGCCUUUUUCAUCGCCCUCGGCGUCCACAAUUACAAGCCUUGGGUCGACGUCGUGACCGGCCUGGUCCACAACGUCACUUGUGUCAAGUCCCUGCCUGAGUACUAUGAUAGCAAGUACCCUGUGCGCUGCGCUGCCCGCGAUGCUCAGCGCACUUCGCAGUCCGUUCAUAGCGUCGACCAUCGCACCAUCUCCGUCGAAUACAAGGUUGCCGAAGGCCACAACCUUGAGCUCAACGUCGUUGUCGGUUAA